GCAGUUAGUUAGAGAGAGAAAGUUAAAGAGAGAGCUGAAAAAAUAAAAAACUGACAGUAACACAUAGCGAAACAACCAACAACCGCCAUGACCGAAGAAGACCGCUCCGUCGAGCCAACCGCUCGCAAUGGAGUCGCAAACACGGAACUCAUCGGCGGAAGCAGCGGCGGAGAGGUGUUGGAGCUUGCUGGCGGUGAUGCUGAGGUAUCGGUGGUCGGUGACUGUUAUGUCGCCGGUAAAGUGAAGGGGCCUUGGUCUCCCGAGGAAGACGCAGUGCUGAGCCGAUUGGUGGAACAGUUCGGGGCGAGGAAUUGGAGCAUGAUAGCCCGAGGAGUUCCCGGGAGGUCCGGUAAGUCGUGCCGGCUCCGGUGGUGUAAUCAGCUGGACCCUUCUGUAAAACGCAAGCCUUUUACUGAUGAAGAGGAUAGUAUCAUUGUUUCAGCCCAUGCAAUCCAUGGAAACAAAUGGGCAGUAAUUGCAAGGCUUCUUCCAGGUAGAACAGAUAAUGCCAUUAAGAACCACUGGAAUUCUACACUGAAACGCAGGUGUGUGGAACUGGGUAGAUAUGUUCCAGCACAUGCUGAUGUGUUGGAAAAUGGUAGCUUUGAGAAAACAAAGGCAUCAUCUGAAGAAACCAUGUCAAUCGGGGAUAUCAAUUCAUUGAAUCGAGCAGAUGUUAGAAAUGUCGUGAUGGAUGGUGAAAUUAAACAGUGUGAAGAUAAAAUUCCAAGAAAAGAUGGUGCUGAAGUGGAGGGACAUCCUACCCUUUGUCGACCAGUAGCACGUGUUAGUGCAUUUAAUGUUUAUAAUCCUCCUGGCAGGCCAACAACUGCAUCAUGUUCAAAGAUGUUUCCAAGGCAGAGCCCUUUGAUCCAACCACCCAAACCAGACGUAGGAGCCUGCAAGUUAUUUGAUGGUAUUGGAUGUGAGCCCAUGAUUCCAUUGCAAUGCGGUCAUGGCUGCUGUGCAGCAGAGUUGGGGGAAAGCCAUUCUCAUGGUUCACUAUUAGGUCCUGAGUUUGUUGACUAUUUGGAGUCCCCCUCUUUCUCAAGUCAUGAAUUGAUUUCGAUUGCUACAGACUUAAACAAUAUGGCUUGGAUCAAGAGUGGCCUCGAGAAUUGUGGUGCCGUAGUAACUGAGAAUACUGCAAACUUCACAGCAUCCCAAGGGGCUGCCACUGUCUCACAAACAAGCUUCUCAGGACAAAGUUUAAAGAAUGAUUACAUGCAAUUUGAGGAGGGACCUGGCAAGAUUUUGGGUGCAAUGCAAGAAAUGUUAUCAACAAAGAUGCCAAGGCAACAUUUUGCAAUGCCUGCAGAAGUAUGACGCUAACCUAAGCUUCCUCUUGUGGAUUUAAUCUUCUUUUGUGGCAUUCUACGGUGGGGGGGAUAGAUCAUGGAUGUUAUAAGUUUGUUUUAGUAUAGUCAAUCUCAAUGUGGAGGGCAUUUACUUCAUUUAUUAGCCCUUUUGGGCUUUUUCGUUGACUUGAGGAGUCCAUAAUAGUUUUCUUGAAGGGCAAUAACUUUG